CGCUACCUCACGAGCCUGUGCGCAGAAGCUGAGCGUCUCGGGAGGACGGAGCGCAGGGGAUUGUAAAGAACGUCCGCGCUUCAUGGGGAAGCUUUUAACUCACCGAUUGUUAAGAUUUCUUCGCGGAGGUCUAAAAAAAUGGCCUUGACUCAAGACGUUAUUACCAGUUUCUUGGUGGAGCGGGGCGGAAAAGCGAAGAACUCCGACUUAUUAAAAACGUUUAAUGACCUGCUGAACUGCAGCGAUCCCGAAGAAAAGAAACGAAACCGGGACCUUUUCAAGAAAUUCGUCAACAACAUCGCUGUUGUAAGGGAAAUUGAUGACGUGAAAUAUGUCGUACUUAAGAAAAAGAACUUAUAUGGGGGAAAACUCGCAGUAACUGCGCAGCAGCCUGAUUUGGGAGAAAAGCAAACCGGUGUUCGCUCAGCUGGCUCUGAGGUGGAACACAAGGGUCAUGAUCGAAAAGACGGUAAGAUCUUACGUUCACAGCUUGAGCACAGCACGCUAAGCCUUCCGAGUGCCAGCAAUGAGAACCUAAUGAAUGUUAGCUAUACCUCCACCCCGCGUCUCGUAGAUGCUCCGCAAACACGCAGAGCAGGGGAGGUUACCUAUGCAAGCAAUCCAGGUUCACCUGUGGUGAGAUCACAGAAACAUGAUGAAUCCCCGAAAGUCGAAGAUCUCAAUCUUCCAGGUGAAGCUAGAACCAGAAAGACUGGAUCUCCGUACACUGUGGUAGAUGUGAAGCCCCAGCCAGACAAACUGAAUGCAGAACGACGUGUGAUGCACCUCAAGGUGGAUGGACCAAGCACCGCAACACCUUUGACUGAAGCACAGAAACCGGGCCCAAAACCCUGUGCAUUACCUCUUCGCAUGCCCCCUCCUGAGAUUAAAGUAGAAUCAGUCGAUUCGGAUGCAGCGAAAAGUGACUCGGGGACAAGUGUCCCAGAACUUUCCAUUGAGAGAUCGCCCAGAUUCAAAAGGAGACAGCAGGGGGGUGGAAGUGUGCCCGGGUCCCCACAGGUCAGGAGAACCUGCAAGACCCCGAAACCAGGUGAUGAGGUCCACUUCCCCGAGUGCAUCCCACUGGAACCUGCAGAGCACGAGUGGAUGGUGAGGUGCGCUGCAGGGCACUGGAGUCAUGUCCACGGCCUCCUCCUGCAGGAUACACAUCUGGCCAAAAAGAGAGAUUUUAUAUCCGGCCUCACUGCCCUGCACUGGGCGGCCAAGAGCGACAAUCAUGAGAUGCUGUCCAAGAUCAUUGAGAUAGCCAAGCGGGGCGGCAUGGAAGUCGACAUCAACGCAAAGACGCAUGGCGGCUACACUCCCCUGCACGUCGCGGCUAUCCACGACCGUAGGGCCACCAUGGCCAUGCUGGUGCAGGAAUUUGGCGCCAACGUUCACCUCAGGGACAACAGCGGCAAGAAGCCUUAUCACUACCUACACCAGGGGGCGCCAUCCGAGCUGAGGGCGCUUCUCGGGGCACCACAGGUCCUCUCCAAAGAGGUCUCUCAGGAAAAGCUGGACAACUAUGCCUUUCCAGAUCAUCAGAAGGGCUUUAACACGCUGAGUCGCAUUUUCCAGCCUCACGUGGCACAUAAGAAAAAGUACAAGAGUCGGCCGAGUUUCUCCGCUUUGAGCGGAGUAGCAGAGGAGGAGAACGGAGCCAAGCAGAGACCCUCCUCCGACAUGUUCCACUGAGAACCCAAAGGCCAACAGCUCAUUUGGUUUUCUGCUGCUUUCUAACAAGAUAUUAUUUUAACCACAGUAAAGGAGGACAUUGGACUGUAGUUAUUUUAUAGUCUGCCUUAAAGUCCGGAUUGUACUGCAUUUUUUAAUACUGAGGUCAUAGUAGCUACAUUUAUAUAAUGUUAUUAAGGCCUAAAUUUCCUACAUUUUUAUAGCUGUCGAGUUCCAGCAGCCUGUCCUUGUGUUGUGAUGUCUUUUUAUAUUUAUGAAAAGUCUUUUACUGUAAAUACAUAAUGAUGAGACCUGCUGAAUUCAAA